CGACCCGGAAGCGGAAGUAGAAGAAAGUUCUAGUGGCUUGAGGUAUCGGCGGGAGUAUCCGGGCGGCAGGAGGAGCCGUUACGGGAGCUGGAGUUGCCGAUUAAUCCUGAUCAAGAUGACAACCUCCCAAAAGCACCGAGACUUUGUGGCAGAGCCCAUGGGGGAAAAACCAGUGGGGAGUCUGGCUGGGAUUGGUGAAGUCCUGGGCAAGAAGCUGGAGGAAAGGGGCUUUGACAAGGCCUAUGUGGUCCUUGGCCAGUUUCUGGUGCUAAAGAAAGAUGAAGACCUCUUCCGGGAAUGGCUAAAGGACACAUGUGGCGCCAACGCCAAGCAGUCCCGGGACUGCUUCGGGUGCCUUCGAGAGUGGUGUGACGCCUUUUUGUGAUGCUCUCUGGGGAGCCCCCAAUCUCUAGCCCCAGCCUUGAGUCUCCAGAGUUUGCAGCCGAGUGGGGGCUCCUCCCCAGUCCUCUACAAAGGAUUGAUGCCUCCUCAACCUCCAACGCCCUCCAAGGUCUUCAGGGAGUUCUCUCCCCUCACCAUUUCAACUUUUUUGGAAUUCUGCCUCUUGCAUGCAUCUCCCUUCUCUUUCCCUUGCCAAUUUCGUGUCGAUAAUUACCAGCUUUUCUGAGUGGAUUCCUGGCCCCUUCCUUUACCCCCACCUUAAUCUCUGGUCUGUUUUAUGCCAUUUGGCUUCUCUUUUGGCAGAACAGUCAUUGUCCUUAUAAAGUUUUUUAAAUCAAUAAAGUCAGUGGCCUUUCAA